CACGUGACCCCAACACAGACACUUCGUAUGAAAAGCCAGACCAGACGCAUGACGCGACCAUGUUGCAUGGAGAGCAAGAAGUGUUAAGAAACGUUUGAAAGAGGCAUAAAGGGACACUUUUAACGAUGAGUAAUAAGAUGAUGGUAUAAUUGAAAUAAAAGUUAUAAAGAAUAUUAUAAAAAUGUUUCAUAUACAUAUUUUAAUUAUUUGUAACCAAUGGAGGAAUGUUUUCGUAACACGCUGCAUUUAAAAUUCCCGCUAUUUUAUGACGCAAACUGGUGCCUGAAACUCAUUGGCUGAAGUCGGAUACGAUGCCCCCUUGCCUGUUCAGUGUAUCACGGAGGGGGAAAAGGUAGCUCAUCGCAUGGAUCAUCGUGAAGAAAAGUUGCGCGCCGUUGCGGUGUUCAGUGUUCACCGGUGUUCAUGCUCAGAGCUCAGCAACACCAGCAACAGUACUCGUAGUAAUAGAGAGAGCUGGCGGGUACGAAACGGCAAGGAAAAGAUGUGACAAUUGAAAGACAUUGAAUGACAUUUGAAAGAAUAAAUAGUGAAAUACAGCUCGACUCUAUCUUUGCUUCCAUAGUUAUAACUUAGUGACAUCCAAAAUAAGUCUGCGGAAGGAAGAGUUGUAAACUAUUAAUUUGCAAUUCUGUCAAUUGCCAUCAAUGAAGACAAGUAGGUAAUAAUAGUACAUAAAGAAAAUAGUAGUUGUGAUGUUGUUUCAACGCUGUAAUAAUACACUCCACAAGAUAUUUUCCAAUCUGCGAAUUGCUUAUUUGAGAAAUAUUAAUACAGAAGAGAAAAAAAAAAAGUGGGAGAGUUCCCUUGAUUUUUGCAAUUCAUGUGAUGAGCAAUGUCGUGAACAGGUAGUUGAAAAUAUGAUCAUUUUGAAUGACUUCUUAAGUCUAGAAGAGGAAAAGUCUCUUUUUGAAGAAGUUGAGCCGUACAUGAAAAAGUUACAUUAUGAAUUUGAUCACUGGGAUGAUGCAAUUCAUGGUUAUCGUGAGACGGAAAGACUCCAAUGGAAUGAAAAGAACAAGAUUAUUAUUGAUAAAGUGCGCUCUGUUGGCUUUCCUGCCAGUGUCCCACAACUUAAACUUGUACAUGUCCUAGAUUUGGCAGAAAAUGGUGUUAUUAAAGCUCAUAUUGACAGCACGAGGUUUUGUGGCAACACUAUUGCUGGUCUCAGCCUUUUAUCAGAUUCUGUAAUGCGCCUUGUUCAUCAUGAAAGGAAAGAUUUAAAAGUAGAUGCACUUCUAAGGCGACGUUCAUUGUACAUCAUGAAAGGAGUUGUGAGAUACAAUUUUACCCAUGAAAUUUUAGGAAAUGAUGUGUCCUUAUUUAGAGGAUGUCCAGUAUUGAAGACUCGAAGGCUGUCAAUUAUAUGUAGAAAUGAACCUGUCAGUUAACCAUAGAAACCAGCCUAACAUUGAAAAAGAUAGUAUUAAGAUGUAAAUGAUUAUACUUAUUCUUAUAAAUAAACUGAGUGGAAUUGUUGAAAUGAGGUUGAUUGAAACAUUUAAAAUUACCCAAAAUAAUAGCAGAAGUGUUUAAUUUUUUUAUAAACAGUAUCCCAAAGGAAAUUAGUAUUUACAGGGGAAAGGAACGGCAUAAAAGCAAUUUCUUGAAUAAUCGGCUAGCAUUAGUAGUAAAUAACAAUUACACUAUUGAACUUAAGGAUUGUUAUAGUAUUCUAGAAAAUUCCAUCCAAAUUUUUUUCUUUUUUCUUUCUUCAGUGUAUUGGCUUUAAAAAAAAUGAUCUUAAAUAUGACAAUUCCAGCUCAAACAUACACGAGGAAACACCUCUAAAAACCUUAGAAUACAUCUGAAGAAACUAGGCUACUCUUUUAUACACACCAGUAUUUGUGUAAAUUGUAAAGCUGUUUCUCAAUUUGUAAAUUGACAUCCUAUUCUUUUAAAAUACAUAACAAUGUAUCAACUUGACAGAAGCCCACAUCUUUGAGCGUGCUAAUGUUGGACUUCAAUGUGAGUAAUUUAUUUAAUUUAUUCUCAUUGAAUUAGGUUGUGACUGCUAAAACAUUGUGAUAAUCCAUUACUGGAUGAAUGAAGUAGUUCUAACCUACUUUACACAUUUUUCAGCAUAAUUUCCAUUCUUUCCUGUAUCUUUUCAGACUAUCAGAAUCAUUAAUGUGAAACAUUGAAAUUCUUGGUACGUUUGGUUCUUUGUUUUAUUACAUUAUUAAAACAGGUCUGUAGUCAAGACCACAUUUAUAAGAAUUUGGAUAAAAUUGCAGAAAAACAUCUCAAAAUUUCUCCAACUCCAUAUUCAUAAAUACUAGCAGGCAAUUAAAAUUCUUAAUGUUUGUUCUAAAUUACAGUUGCUCUUAGCAUCAAAAAACUUCAUUCUUUUGGUAAAGCAAACUGGGUGAUAAAAUUUAAAAAUACGUAUUGCAGAAUAGCAAUUGGUCUUGUCUUGUUUAUAUAGUAACCCAGUUUACUUUCCUUUGAAAUUUCUGGGCAUUAAGAAAAGAAAUAAAUGUAUUCUUCAAAAUUCAAUAUACUUCAUCACUACUUUUUUACAAUAUUUGACAAAAUGAUAGAAAAGGAAUGACUGAUAAAUUAACAAAUAACUUCACUGUAUUUGUAGUGAAGCCAAAAAGCAAUAAAAGUAAAUGCUAUGUGAUCCUCUACAUUUCGAUUUCUUGCUAAUAUUAUUUUCGUACACAUAUAUAUGCAACACAUUUGAACACAAUAAAAUGGACACUUUUAAUGAAAAUAUAACAGAUAAUCAUUUUACCACGAUGUUUAUAUAUAAAUGAAAUUAUGGUUAAUAGGUUAGGUAAUGAAUUUUUAUGAGUUCUCUUCCCCCUCCGCACGCACACACACACACACUUGUUUAUUUAACUUAAUUGUUGAACUGCGAGAUGCUUACCAAACAAAGAAAUGGCAAAAGCACAUUGGUAAAUGGAAAUUCCAGGUGGCAGUGCAAACUAAACUGUAAAAGAUGCACUGGAGUUUGUUAAUAACAAAUAUUUUAUAAUCUUCGCAAUUGUUGAACCCUUCUUAAAAGUACAUUUUUGACAUAUUAAAGACGAAUAUAAAUAAAAAUUGGCAAGACUAUCAAUGAAUACAGAUACAGAAGAAAGAGAAAAGAUAGGUUAAUAGGUUGAAGUCCACAAUCAAGACAAAUAGCCAGAUAAGGAAAAAAUAUUUUGGUUAUCACAAAGUACCAAUCAUUUAAAUAAAAUUCUUAAAUAAUUGUUGCAAAUAUUCCUCAAUGUAUGCCAUAAACUUAUGAUUUUUUUAAGAAAUCUAUACUCGAUAAAAUAAUCUCUUCUUCUUACUUGUCUAGUUUUAAAUAGGUGCAUUGCGUACACAUUUAAUAACCUCCAUGAAAACAACACAACUUGCAAACAGCUUGCCAUAAGAAUUUUUUGUACAUAUAAUAUAAUCUUACAUUCAUAAAAGAGUCUCAUAUGCACAAAAUCAAAUAUGAGUAACAGCUAUAAAAAUACUGUUUCACGGGGCUGUAAAGCCAUGAAAAUUCACUGUCCACUAUUCCAUUGAAUGAAUAUAAAAAGUGAAUGCGGAUAUAUCACAAUGUACAUAUUCAUAAUACACUUUGUAAAAAAAACAAAAAAACAAACAACACAUAUUUGUUGGGAAA